CUGAUGUUAAAAGAAAGAAGCUUUGAGUUAAAAUCUCAGAAUUUUGAUUAUUCUUCGGAUUUAAAAACUGUUCCUUUCUUCUAAAGCAGUCUUGCUCAGAGUGUGAAAGUGAAUGAAGAAUGCAGCAGAACAGCUUUUUCCUGGGGUCGACCCGUGACAUUACCGAUGCGAGAACUGGCUGGAAUUUGCGUCCUGGACAGGACAUUGAUACGAAUAGAUACAGCGUGAACUUGAAUGUUGAUGAUACAUUCUCUUUCUUCUAUAAUGAUCUUUAUCUUAGACAAGUGAAGGAAGCAUUGAGACAAACCAUGCUGGUACAUGAAUCUGUCUUUGAAAGUCAGAUCUAUGAGCUUCAUCGUCUGUAUCGGAAGCAGAAGGAACUGAUGAUGGAAAUGGAGGAAACUCGACAUCAUAAGACCCUGUACUUAAAUUCUGGUUUCCCUAUCCCUAGAACACACUGGAUGAGUUCAAGCAUUUCCGCGUAUCAAACUAGGAAUUUGCCUCAUGAAGAAGAAGACAUUCCUAGACUUCUUGUAGAUAACAAGGUUGAGAAGUUUGAAAAGAAGGUCUUGGAUCUUGAACUACCGGUUUUUGAGUAUAAUGAUAUGUUUGGAGAAGUUCAUGAAGCUCAAAACUUUUUGGAAGAGCAAUCUCUGAAAAGGAUGUCUCUGGAUUCGAGUAAGCAGUCGAGUAAGCUACUACUUGAUUUGAAUGAACCGGCCAAGAUCGAGGAACAUUCAGAUUAUGUGUUCAAUCAGUUCCUAAGUACAGUUACAUCAAAUGAAAUUGGAGAAGAGUCUGAUACAAAGAAUGAGGGAGAAAGUUUAGUAAAAGGUUCCAACGGGAUGAAUGAAGCGCAAGGAUCUGUCAAAUGUCAAGAAGAGUACGGAAUUGACUUGAAUAUGUCUCCCCUUUCAUCCGAAGAAGAAAUAACUAUUGUUAAGAAGUUUGAAACCGAGAAACCUAGAGGGUCUUCUUUAGUUUCGUUGCAUGGAAAGCACGGUUCAGAGCAGCCGCGAGUGGUUGUCCAAGCGCUACCAUGUUUAACUAGCACUUUACUUUUGGACAAGCGAUAUAAGUCAUUGAUGAGAGGCUCAAGGUCGAAGAAAAAGGUAAAACGUUGUCCAAGCAACAUAACCUUCAAAGGCUUAGAUCUUGACCCGCAGUCGAGUGCUCAAGCCACCUCAGAAUCUCAAAGCAAUCAAACGAGUAUGGAGAAAGGGAGUUCAAGUUCUUUGUCUGAGGCAAAAUCUGCAAAAAAGGGGACUAAUCUAGGAAAGAAAAGGCAUUGUAAACCACAAAUGAAAUCCAGUAAGGGUCAAAAGGUAGUCGCGAAAAGAAGUGGAAGAGUUAAACGGAAGAAGAGCAGAAGGAUAUCUCUAGUUACAGAGGGAAAUUAUCAAGAAGUAUCUGCUGCUGAGGCCAUAGUUGAUAUGUCUAGAAAGUCUGGUCGAGAAACGGCUGAUUGUAUCACUUCUGUAAGCAGAAAUCUACUUUGGUUCGCCGAGAUUUCUUCUUCUGUUGCUGAGGACUACAAAACAGAAUUUUUGGAGCUGACAGAGACGAAGCUAGAGGAGCAGGAGAAAGAUCUGAGAUUGAACUCUUUAGACAACAUAGCAGCAGUCUCCAGCAUUGUCCUUAAAAAGCAGAGGAGAAGCCGGGCCAGGCAGGGGAAGCGGAAAUGCAAAGAUGACCAGCACGAUGAUAACCCGAGUUUAGGAACAUUUUCAGAAUGUGAAGCCAAUGAGGAUCUGCAGGUAAUAGGAAAGCUAAUUGAAGCGUCUGAAUUAAAAUGGAAUUGUGGGUUCCCCAAGAACAAGCGCAAAAGCUCUCCUCCUAAACCAAUAGAUGCUUUCACUUCCUCGGGGGAAGCAAAAACGGGCGUCGAUUGGGGAGCCUUAAAGAAGCGAAGACGAGGCGCUAGAAUACCUGCUGCUGAUUUUAAGCAUAUGAUCAUCAACCAAGUAGUAUAGCCAAACUAAAGAGGUAAUUUACAAUACUUGCCAAUGCCAUAGUUUGCUUCAUGAUUUUUGGAGAAUCAAGAAUCUUACGGAAGAUGUUGCUUUUUGUAACAAGUCUUGUUCUAGAUAUGAAGACUACAUAGGAGAUAUUAAACUGUUAGAAUAUCA